AUGGAUGCUACUAGUGGAAAUGUUCUAGGGGAUGAAGAAAGUCAGCUUUCUUUUGGAAGUAGUAAUAAAAUUCAACCUACUAUCUCUUUUACACAAAAGCAAGUAUCCUUCUUAGAUGAUGAAAAGAAGAAGUAUACUUGUCUCACAAUGGCUGAAAGGCUGGGGUUGCCUGACUUCUUCUCUUUGGACGUGUGGCGAGCAUCGAUUGGAGAGCUUUUAGGCUCUGCGGUUCUUGUUUUUAUGUUGGACACCAUAGUGAUUUCUACCCUAGAAAGUGAUGUCAAAAUGCCAAAUUUGAUAAUGUCAAUUCUCAUAGCAAUUACACUCACCAUUCUAAUCCUUGCUGUUUUCCCUGUGUCUGGUGGUCACAUUAGCCCUGUAAUUACCUUCUCCUCUGCACUUGUGGGACUAAUAUCAAUGUCACGAGCCAUAAUUUACAUAGUGGCACAAUGUGUUGGUGCUAUUUUAGGUGCACUAGCACUCAAAGCUGUGUUGAGUAGUACCAUUGAACAAAGAUUCUCUCUUGGUGGUUGUACCGUUACGGUAGUUACGCCUGGGCUCAAUGGGCCGGAGAUUGUGGGCUUGGAGAUAGCCCAAGCAUUUUGGCUUGAGUUUAUGUGUACAUUUGCUUUGCUUUUUGGUUCACUUUGGAUGGCCUAUGAUCAUCGCCAGUCCAAGGCACUCGGGCUUAUUACUGUCAUGUCUAUUGUUGGGCUUCUAGCAGGGAUUCUUGUGUUUAUUUCAACUUCAGUUACUGCUAAAAAGGGCUAUGCUGGAGCUGGAAUGAAUCCAGCUAGGUGCUUUGGAGCUGCUUUUGUUAGAGGAGGCCACCUUUGGAAUGGGCAUUGGAUCUUUUGGGUUGGGCCUGGACUUGCUUGUUUUGCUUUCUACUUUUAUACAAAGAUCAUUCCUUCGAAUCAUUUCCAAACUGAUGGAUUCAAGCAUGACUUCUUAGCUAUAAUCGAGGCAUUGCUCAGUCAGAGAUAG